AUGUCGCUAUUCCUUCAGUAUGCUCCCAAAGCUGCACGAACUGCCGCGAGCUGCCCCGGUGGGAUUCUGGGGAGCAAGCUCCUGGUUACGGUCGCUGUGCCGUACUUACUGAUGGUGGGCAAUGCUCGCCUGUUGACUUCUGAGUGGUUUGUUCGGGUGGAGUACUCUCGUUCCGGAUUUCCAGAAGACAGCUUCGGCAUGAGCAGCAGCGAUAGGCUUGCUUAUGGGGUGUACUGCAUCCGAUACAUGACGAACGGCAAAGGCAUCGACUACCUGAAAAACUUAACUUUACCCUACGACAUAUGCCACUGGAGUCGGCGCCCGGCGCAGAAAACGGAAGGCUGCCCCAUGUUUACCGAGAAAGAGCUGAACCACAUGCAGGAUGUGAAGGCACUUUCCGGCGCGCUCUUCGUGGCAUUCUGGGGUCUUCUGGUGCUGGUAGUCGUCGCAGCGGCCUUUUUGAUUCUAGCAGAUUCAAAAGUGCUGAAGCUCGCCCUGCUGCGUGGGAGUCAGCUGACCUUGGGACUGAUCUUGGCCGUUUCGCUGUUUGCCUUGCUGGGGUUCAAGACGCUCUUCCGAUGGUUUCACGUGUUGUUCUUUACUGGUGAUUCCUGGCUAUUCUCGUUCCGAGACACGCUGAUUCGCCUAUAUCCCCGGCAGUUCUGGCUGGAUGCAACGCUGAUCCUAUCCUUUUCCACGCUCCUUCUGUCGCUGGCAGCGACCGUUGUCUUCCGCAGUUCACGGCCUCUACACCCCAAGGAGAAAUCAGAAGGGAGGAGGAAGACCGAGGAUCUGUGCAAGACACCGCAAAAUAGCUACAGCAACUCACUGCGCUUGAAGAUUCCGUCGAGGGUGUCACGCAGACAGUACGUCUACUCGAUCGAUGCCCCUAUCGGUGCAAGUCUCAGUUGGCAGCGGAGGCUUAGAGGUAUCCAGCCUACAAACCAGUUCUUGGACUUGCGGCAAGGCUACUGCUACGGCGUGGCGUGCUUUGACGACAAAGACUGGCAGACGAAAGAGAGCUUAGCGGGAUGGUCCAGCGUGGGCCAAGUGGAAGUGGUCAACACGGAAGAAGAGCGUGAUGCCAUCGUCUUGAAGAUGUUCGAACCGUCGGCCCUGAAGGCUCGAUGGAUUCGGGAGCAGCCCGCCAAGCUCUGUAAAACAGACUGGUACUUGAAGGAGCAGGAGACGUUCUUCUUCGUCCGCCGGGGGCAACACGUCUUCUUCAACUGCAGCGAGGGCUUCCAAAACCUGAAGGGGGUCGAGCAGCUGACUUGCCACGAUGGGGCCUGGAAGGUGGCCAAGCAUUCCGAGGACAAUCCCAUGGAGCAGAAACUCUCGCCCCCGGACAUGGCGGUCUGGGAGCAGGGACAGUUUCCCGAGUGUUCUUGGAAGCACGCGGGCAGCUGCACGACGGACGAUCCCCUAAGCGUGGUAUCGCCGCGAAGUCCUCCGAUUACCAACGACUUCUCCGGGGAUGGCCGGGUGCACUACCGGUGCAACCCUAAAAAGGGCACUGGGCAGCCCAUGCGCCUUGUAGUCUGGGAGCCGGACCUGAACCUCACCAGGGGAGCGCAGGUCAUCUACGACCGUAGCAAGGUCGCCGAAGUUCUGAGCUUCCAGGAGAAGAAGUAUCAGGUCAAGUUGCUGGACAGUGGCGAGGAGAAGACCGCAGAGCCGGACAAAAUAGAGUGGCUGCCGUCAGACACGAGCUACAUGCGUUGGUGCGGCGAAGGAGGCUGCUUGCUGGUCCUGCCUUCUGAGACGGAGAAGGAGGAUGCCGACGAUGAUCAGUCGGCCAAGGGUGACUAUGCCUCGGGUGCUUUCGCGGCCGAGCAGGAGGCAACGACCACGAAGAAGCCGGCGCCUGCCUCGCUACUGGAGCAGAGUGACUCCUCCCUUCUCGAGGCCUCGGCAAGCGGUGGCGGUGUCCGUGCCAAAGCCGUGCAGGUUGAGCAGGAACGGGAGGCGGACGAGGAGGGCCCGCAGGAAGCAGAGGCAGCAGGACACCGUCCGGUCAUUGCAGAAGGAGUCUGUGAUACUGGAGAUGCACAGGGCCUCAGGCCGCCGGCAACCUCCGAGGAGGCGGUCCAACGUAAUUGGGGCCUUGCAGGAAAAUCCGCGGCACGGGUCAGAUCUGCAGGCUGUGCCGCGCUGGCUCUCAUUCUCGGUCUCAUGCUGCUGGGCUGGCGGGUCAAGCCAAAGCCCUUCGCAGACCGGCAAGCGCCGGAUGUCGAAGCCUGGUUUGUGAUGGACAUCUACGAUGUCUUCGGACCGAACACUCCACCCGCGUGUUUCACAGCACUUUUCCAUUCUGGAGAGAUGUUCUUCGGCGGCUUUCCAGGGGGCGAUGGCUUCCCCGGCAUGGGCGGCAAGGGCGGAGGCCGGGGCAAAAAUGCGGACACGACGAAGUUCUACAAGCUCCUCGAGGUGGAGAAGAAUGCCUCAGAGGCCGACAUCAAGAAGGCAUACAGAAAGCUGGCCGUGAAGCAUCACCCUGACAAGGGCGGCGACCCGGAGAAGUUCAAGGAGAUCACCAGGGCCUAUGAGGUUCUCAGUGAUUCCGACAAGCGUUCGAAGUACGAUCGUUUCGGUGAGGAAGGCCUGGACAACGACGGGCCUGGCGAUGCCUCAGACAUCUUCGAAGCCUUCUUCGGGGGAGGCGGCCGCCGGGGUGGGGGUGGACAGCGAAGGCGCCAGAAGACCAAGGAUGUGGUUCAGAACCUCAAGGUCACACUGGAGCAGAUGUAUGUUGGCGCCACGAAGAAGAUGGCCAUCACUCGCCAGGUCAUCGACAAGAAGAAGGGCGUCCAGGAGUGUCGGGAAUGCGACGGCCGCGGCGUGAAGGUCGAGGUCGUGCGCAUGGGGCCCAUGAUUCAGCAGAUGCAGUCGCAGUGCCACUCCUGUGGUGGCCAGGGCAAGAGCUUCCAAACGAAGCAGGAGAGGGAGGUGCUGGAGGUGCACGUGCAGAAGGGCUCGCCAGAUGGCCACAAGGUCACCUUCAGGGAAAUGGCAGACGAGCACCCGGAUGCAGACGCCGGAGAUGUGAUCUUCGUGCUGAAGCAGCAGGAGCACAACGACUUCAAGAGGAAAGGCGCCGACCUCUACGUGGAGCGCAAGAUCUCCUUGGUCGAGGCCCUCUGCGGCUUCCAGAUGGAGCUCACGCACCUGGACGGUCGGAAGCUUCUCAUCAAGACACAGCCAGGUGAGAUCGUGAAGCCCAUGUCCCAGGGCUUCGACCCUCUGGCCAAAGAGGAGAGCAAGACCGAGUGGGAAGUCAUCGAGGAUGCAGACUGCCCCUCCGUAGAGAACGUCGCGCAGGCCGACACCACGGACAUCGACACGCUGAAGAAGGCGUGCGAGACCCAACUCAAGCGAAAGGGCAUCGAUGUGGGGUGCUUCGUCGUCGAUGGCCAGCGUGCCUACUUCAAGCAGUGCUCUCGCGAAGAGGCUCUAGCAGCCAAAAAGACACGGCGCGGCAGCACGAUGUACGUCCUCCCUGAUCCAGAUGCCAAGAAGUCCUUCCGCAUGAUGAAGGCUGUCAAGGAUGAGGGCAUGCCUACCUACAAGAAUCCGUUCGUCCAUGGCAAUCUCUUCCUGAUCCUCACCAUUGAGUUUCCGGACAUGCUCUCCCCAGAGAACCAGACAGCUAUGGCAAAGCUGCUGCCACCGCCGCUGAACGUGCCAAAGUGGACGGAGGACGACAAGGAUGUCGAAAUUCACACUGUGACCGACAUCGACCCAGUGCAGUCUUUCAACUCAAACAAGGUCAACAUGCAAGCGGGCGGUGAGGCCUACGACGACGAUGAGGAGGAUGGUCCUCGUGGGGGUCCUGGUGGACCUGGUGUGCAGUGCCAUCAGCAGUGA